AUGAAGUACUAUGGCGGUGACGAUAAUGGUGAUAUUGAUAAUAUCGAUAUUGACACUAAAGGUGUCUCAAUUACUAAUAAUUAUAAAAUUGAUGGAAAUUUUGGAUUGUUAUUUAGAAAAGGCUAUAGAGGUGAUCGCCAUUCAGGAGGUAUAAAAUUAUGA